AUGUCACGGCAAAAUGGGGCUACUUCUUCCCUGUCAUCUACUUUAGAGACCACCCACGGAACACCGAGCACCACCUCAAGCCCCCAUCCAUCAGUUUCGACAGUUGAAGGAAAUACAGCCAAUAGCACUCCUCCUUCCUCGAUCGAUUUAUCAUCGAAAACGAGCUGUUCAACAGGUACGGUUCGGGGGAAAGUGCAAAUACCGAAACUUUCGGCGGCCACUACAGAGCUCCUUGCACGGAUCGCUGGUAACAUAAGAGGAGACCAGCAGAACAAUGAUAGCUUCACUACCCGUUGGGGCACUUCGACCUUUGAUCCAAGCUUGAAUAGUUUGAAUUUCCAAAAGUCCAACACGAUGAAGGCCUCUUCCACAAUCAUAGAGCUGCCCACGGCGCCGUUCGCUUAUACGAACAAAACAUGGGCACCUACAGCAGUUUCCAACCAAGCCCCUAUAACGUCUGGGGACAGCUCCUCGAGGCCAAAGAAGCCUGUUGCUAUUGCUCCCAAGCCAAGUGUAACAGUAUCAGCCGGCCCGCCAGCUACAUUGGCGCCGUCUCAAAUACAACAAACAUUGCCAUCACAACCUACGGCUCUGAUUCCAAAGCCUCCUGUGGCCACGUCGGCGCCGUCUCAGAUACAAUCAACGUUCCCAUCACAGCCUACGGGUCUUAUCCCUAAGGCUCCUCUGGCCUCAUUAGCCCCGAAGACUGCAAAAGUCCCAGGCGGCAUCCCACAAAAAGCUACCCCUGGACCACGCUCACGCAAAAAUGCUUCAAAUGGGUCCAGAAAAUCGAGAAAACGAAGACGCGGUGGUGAUAGUGACGGCGAAGACAUCAUAAGGGCUGGUGACUCCAGUUCGGAUGAAUCCGACGUCGCCCCUACCGCCACUCAAACAAAGUCCGGGCGACAAGUGAACCGACCGUCAUUAUAUGUGCCUCCAGUUUCAUCUCCAGCCGUUACCAAGGCGAACGGCACUACCUCCCAUGGCUCAGAGACUACAGUUGCGCGAAGACACAAGCGCGUUUUUCGCAAGACGAAAGAGGCGUAUGUCAACUGUACGCAUUGCCAAAGAGGCCAUAGUCCGCAGAGUAAUGCUAUUGUAUUCUGCGACGGGUACUCUGAUGUUGUGAACGUGGUGGAGAAGGAAUGGCACUGCCGGGAAUGCAAGCCUGUGCAGAUUUCCAUCGUCCAGCCAACGGUUGUGAGGAGCAAUCCUGAUUUACGAGCUCAGACAUUCGGUCAUCCACUACAACACCAUGUGCCUUGUCCCGAGAUCGAAGUAGGAGGCGAGCGCUUUUCAGCGGAGGAGCGGCGGGGUUAUUUGUCGAGCCUCUCCCACGCAAGUCUCGUCGAGCUUCUUGUCACUAUAUCGGACCGGCAUCCCUCCUUGUCGAUGUUCCCAAGCAACUUAAAGGAACUGCAGUCGUCGAAAUUCUUACUCACCUCAAAUACAUCAGCUGGCCCAGUCUCAGAGGCACCUUCCACCCAGACACUCACAACAACCGAAACACCAGUCUCUCACACGGAGAAAGACACAGCUUCUGAGAAGCCGAGUACUGAGAAUACUGAGGAACCAUUGCCAUCAGCUUCUUCUUCACGGAAGAGACACCGGUAUGAGUCAGAUGAAGAGUCAGAAUACGAGGAGUUUCAAGAGCAUCGACUGUACCCACGCGCUGGAAACGGGUUCCGUCUUUCGCUCAAUGUCGACGAUAUUGACAUCAUGCGUGAAGAUCCAGCUUGUCCCACAUUCAGCUAUGCAUUGCAUGGACCAGCCAAAGCUCGCGCCGAGGCCAAUGAAACUGCACCUGUAUGGGGGGCUGCGUGAGGGUACUGACUCUAUUCGUCUCGAUUUCCUUGCCCUUCU